AUGUGCUACAAAAUAAAUGCUAAACAAGGUACAUCGCCAAGCACUUCGGUACCUUUUCGAAAUCGUUUAAGAAACGAUACAUCAAGGAUUAUAGUUUUCCCUUCCUUUUCCUGCGCAGCUGCCUUGGACGUCAAAACGCAAAGAACUGUGGAGAUGCUGUCUUCUGUCCUUCUGCCGUCGGCUCUUUGUGUCUUGAGCACUAUCUUCACACCUGCGCAGGCACAAUUUCAAUGGCAAUUCAAUACGAGCGUUGCUUCCACGUCAUUGGCAACAUGUGUGUCGCUACCGAUCACUGUGAAGCCAUUCAACACUGCGCUCAGCAAUAGCUCCGGAGUCCCUCCGUAUUCUAUGAUGGCUUUCGCUGUCGGAGGGAAACCCACCACAACUUUGAUUGGAACGGAUGCCAACUCUCUCAGCUGGACGGUCACUCAACCUGUCGGGACUCGAUUGAUGCUAAGCCUGGUAGAUGCACAAAGUAGCGCGGGUGGCAUUCCUGCAGACAUUUACGAGGUUACUGCGGGUCAGACGACAAAUUGCGUUAUAACUCCUUCCACAGCGCCAAACUUCACAAUCACCUCCAACAUAACGGGAAGUCUGGCGACCUGCCAACAUUGGGGGCUAACAAUAACUGGGGGCGUUGCGCCCUAUAAAAUCACACUAGCAUCAACAGGCGCAAGAGUUGUAACGAAUGUUACGCUUCCCUCCGGUGACAAUCAUUUUACAUAUGUAAAUAGGGCUGCGCCAGGCGCCCAACUUAUAGCCGCGGCAAGCGAUUCUAAUGGGCAGUGGGCGACUGGAACCCCGAUGUUAACUACUCAAGGUGAUUGGUCACCAGGCGAAGACGACACACCGGUUUAUCAUCUUGCAUAA